CAGUAUGACAAGUGAUGUGGCUGAUCUCCAAACUGGAUAGCUUCGAAAAGGGCAAAAUUAUUUACCUACCAAAAUUUUCCAUUUUAAAAUGCAGCGAGGCAAUUUUUUCCUAACUCCUUAUCACUGACUAUGAUCUUCAUCAUCAAUCAUCAACUAUCCGAUAAUCUCUAAAAUAAUUUGUGAAAUCGAUAAAGAGUUAGAAAAUUGCAAUAGCAUUGCUCUUCUCUGCUCUUUUAAAAACACCAUUUUCUUGGACCAAAUAUAUAGCAGGGUUAGUCUGAGGAACAAUGAUGCAGUUUCCAGUCCAUAGAAUGAGGAAAUUGAGGUCUUUGACUCCAAGGGUUUUUGCUCUCUCUAAUCACCACUUCUCAGUUGCUAGAGUUCCAAAUUUAAUUGGUGGCAGCUUUGUAGAUUCAAAAUCAUCAGAAUUCAUUGAUGUUAUAAACCCAGCAACACAAGAGGUGGUUUCUCAGAUACCUUUAACCACAAAUGAGGAGUUCAAAUCUGCAGUUUCUGCAGCCAAGGAGGCGUUCCAGUCAUGGAGGAACACACCCAUAACCACAAGACAACGGGUCAUGCUCAAAUUCCAAGAGCUUAUUAGGAAGAACAUGGAUAAGCUUGCCUUGAAUGUGACGACUGAACAAGGAAAGACAUUGAAAGAUGCACAAGGCGAUGUAUUCCGUGGUCUUGAGGUGGUGGAGCAUGCAUGCGGAAUGGCGACUUUGCAGAUGGGCGAGUAUAUGUCUAAUGUAUCAAAUGGAAUUGAUACCUAUAGCAUAAGGGAACCUCUGGGUGUUUGUGCUGGGAUUUGUCCGUUCAACUUUCCGGCAAUGAUUCCCUUAUGGUAUCACUUAUGCUCUUCUGAAUUUGACUUAUUUUUGUUUCACCGUUUGGUUUCAGGGGCUUCCAUGAUGUUGGCAGAGUUGGCAAUGGAAGCUGGCUUGCCUGAUGGUGUUCUAAAUAUCGUUCAUGGAACCCAUGACAUUGUUAAUGCUAUAUGUGAUGAUGACGAUAUCAGAGCCGUAUCAUUUGUUGGCUCAAAUCAAGCUGGUAUGCAUAUAUAUGCUAGAGCAUCAGCUAAAGGAAAACGUGUUCAGUCCAAUAUGGGAGCCAAAAACCAUGGCGUCGUCAUGCCUGAUGCAAACAUAGAUUCCACGAUAAAUGCUCUAGUGGCGGCUGGUUUUGGUGCAGCAGGACAAAGAUGCAUGGCAUUAAGCACAGUGGUCUUUGUUGGGGAACCAAAACCUUGGGAAGAAAAGUUGUUGGAACGUGCAAAAGCCCUAAAGGUCAGUGGUGGAACAGAACCUGAUGCAGACUUAGGUCCAGUAAUUAGCAAGCAGGCUAAAGAACGAGUAUGCCGAUUGGUUCAAAGCGGCGUUGAUAGUGGAGCGAGAUUGUUGCUUGAUGGAAGAGAUAUUGUGGUCCCGGGAUAUGAAAAAGGCAAUUUUGUUGGUCCCACAAUCUUGUCUGAUGUCACUCCUGAUAUGGAAUGUUACAAGGAGGAGAUCUUUGGCCCAGUUCUUAUUUGCAUGCAGGCCAACAGCUUAGACGAGGCCAUUAACAUUGUUAACAAGAAUAAGUGGGGUAAUGGUGCUGCUAUCUUUACUACUUCUGGUGUAGCAGCAAGGAAGUUCCAAACAGAGAUUGAGGCUGGCCAGGUUGGGAUCAAUGUUCCUAUUCCAGUUCCACUACCAUUCUUCUCCUUUACCGGAUCUAAGGCUUCUUUCGCUGGUGACCUCAAUUUCUAUGGCAAGGCUGGAGUUCAGUUUUACACGCAGAUUAAGACAAUAACACAGCAAUGGAAGGAUUUGCCAGCUGGCUCUGGUGUCUCUCUAGCAAUGCCAACUUCUCAGAAGUAAUAAAAAAUGUAUUGAUUAACUUCAGAAUACCUUUUCUAGAGUGCAAUAAAAAAACUUUUACCGAUA